GACGGACAUCGCACCCGACCUAUUCCUACUCCGCCAUCACCAAAACCUGCCGUAUUUUCUUGCUUGUUGCAGAUAAAUUACUAUCGCAAUGGCCGACUCCAACGAACCCAAGCCGGUUGUGCCGGUCCAGAGAUCAACCAAGCCCGUCAGCGAGGCCCUGCUGAAUGAAAAGUGGGAUCGCGCCAUAUCCUCGAUGCUUAUCCGUUCCUCGCUCGGUCUCUCGUUUGGUGUUGUCUUCUCGGUUCUCCUGUUCAAGCGCAGAGCGUGGCCCGCGUGGGUCGGUCUUGGUUUCGGAGCUGGACGUGCGUGGGAAGAGGCAGACUCUUCCUUCCGCCGGGGUGACUCACCUCUGAGAGAUGCGCUGCGUCGGUAGAUGGAUAAAAUUAUUAUGUACGAUACCUGUACAGCUGCGAACAAGUUAGAUGGAGGCCCAUUGGCAAAAUGAGGUGUCCUUGCUUCUUUAUAUUCUGUAUGAGCCUGACUUUAGCAUGGUGAUGAUUUACUCUUUUUCUUCCUAUCUCUGUGCUCUCUACUCCGUAUCAUAAGUAUUAUCCGAUUGUAGAUCCAGUAUUUUCGAUAAAAUACUUAU